AUGUCUGCACCACAGUCCACUCUUCUCUUCUUUGUCAACGGAAAGAAGGUGGAAGAGAAAAAUGCAGAUCCUGAGACGAUGCUUCUGUCCUUCCUCAGAGACAGUUGUAUCCUUUACAUUAUUGUCGACGCCAUCAAACACAGCUCCUACUUUGAACCCCAGAGGACGAUCGGGAGAGGACACGUGGACGCCAUGAUGGAGACGGCAGAACACGUGCUCCAGGAUGAGAUGUACAUGGGAGGUCAGGAGCACUUCUACCUGGAGACUCAGGGGCUGGUGGCGGAGCCUCGAGGAGAGAGCGGUGAGAUGGACCUGUACGUGGGCACUCAGCACGCAGCCUUCACUCAGGAGUUGGUGAGCCAGGCCCUGGGCGUCUGCUCCAAUAAGAUCACGGUCCAUGUGAAGCGUCUUGGAGGAGGCUUCGGGGGGAAAGUGAUGAAGAUCGCGGCGCUGUCGGCCAUCACCGCCGUGGCCGCUCACAGGACGGGGAGAGCUGUGCGCUGCUGUCUGGACCGAGGAGACGACAUGCUCAUCACCAGCGGGAGGCAUCCUUUUCUGGGGAAGUACAAGGUGGGGUACCAGAGCGACGGGACCAUCGUAGCUGCAGAUAUCACUUACUACAGUAACGGGGGCUGUACUCUGGACGAGUCUGCUUUUAUCAUGGACAAAGCUCUGCUCCACAUGGAUAACGCCUACAGGAUCCCUCACCUCAGGGGCCGGGGCCUGGUGUGUCGGACCCACCUGCCCUCGUUCACCGCCUUCAGAGGCUUCGGGGGGCCGCAGGGGCUCACGGUCAUGGAGAGUGUGCUGCACGAGGUGGCUGUGCGCUGCCGCCUGCCCCCGGAGACGGUGCGGGAGCUGAACAUGUACCGGGGCGAGCUGUGCCACACCCACCACCUUCAGGCCUUCUGCCCCAGAGACCUGCUGCGCUGCUGGGACCAGUGUCGGCUGAAGGCGGAGUACGACCGCCGCCUCCAGGACGUCCAUAGGUUCAACUCCCAGAACCGCUGGAGGAAGAGGGGCAUCGCCAUGGUGCCACAGAAGUUUGGAGUGGGCUUCUCCAAAGGGUUCUUCAACCAGGGGGCUGCUCUGGUGAACAUCUACAAGGACGGGUCAGUGCUGGUGUCUCACGGAGGGACAGAGAUGGGACAAGGCAUCAACACCAAAGCCCUGCAGGUGGCCAGUCGCGUGCUCAAAGUUCCCAUGUCCGUCAUCUUCAUCAAAGAGACGUGCACCGGGAACGUCCCCAACGCGGCGCCCUCUGCUGCAUCCUUUGGGACAGACGCCGUGGGCGCGGCCGUGAAGGACGCCUGUGAGAAGCUGAUGAGGCGCCUGAAGCGUCUGAUGGACGACAGUCCACACAACUCCUGGAAACAAUGGGUAAAUGACGCGUACUUUCAGAAAGUCAGUCUGUCCGCCACCGGCUUCUUCAUGGGACCCCCGACUGACGUGGACUGGGAGAAGGGAGAGGGAAACGCCUACUACUACUUCACUUUUGGGGCGUGCUGCUCGGAGGUGGAGGUCGACUGCCUCACGGGGGAUCACAAAAACAUCAGGACUGACAUCGUAAUGGACGUGGGAAAAAGCAUCAACCCUGCUCUGGACAUAGGACAGGUGGAGGGGGGCUUCGUGCAGGGCCUGGGGCUCUACACCACAGAGCAGCUGCUGUACUCUGCAGACGGGAGCCUCCAGAGCAGAGGAGCCGCUACCUACAAGAUCCCUGCUCUGUGUGACGUCCCGGGACAGCUCAACGUGCAGCUGCUGGCCGACGCCCACAACCCCUCUGCCAUCUACCUGUCCAAGGGAGUCGGCGAGCCCCCGGUGUUCUUCGGCGCCACCGUCUUCUUUGCCAUAAAGUCGGCCAUCGCUGCAGCACGAACAGAGCGAGGCCUGAGCGCCACGUUCCCUCUGAGCUCCCCCGCCACAGCCGCCAGGAUCAGGAUGAGCUGCGAGGACCGCUUCAGCCGCAUGGCUUCGUCCUCCACAGAAGACGCCUCUCGCUGCAGCCUCGACGUGUGA